CUGGACUCUGACAGAUGUCGAAUGGUCUAUGAUCGUUUCACCAGCAUCUUAUCGGACGCGCACAACUCGGGUGACCUGGAUGUGCAACUGCACCAGAGGCUGCGCCUCGCCUCGCUUGAUUUUGACACACCGUAACAACCCUGCGAUAUAAACAGGGGCUGGGUGCCGCCGCAUCCACGAGCAGCUAGCUUACCACCCUCUCCGCCCAUCGGUCGGCGGCUGCGCCCAUGUCUCCCUCUCGUUCAUCGAACACAUGUAUCGUAGACAACUAACUUGACUCGGAGGCGCGAAUUUUCUCUUUGUGCGGCUGAAUUAAGUUGUCUUGCGUCGGGGCAGAAUGGAAAACAGGUGCCAAGAGGAGCUGGAGACAAUGUUGUUAUUAGCCAGUUAGCUAACAUUAGCCCUGCUAAGUUAGCUGACGUUAACCACAUCUAAUUAGUGGGCUGAGUUAGCCGUGCUAACUCAGCCCACUAAUUCAAAUCGGUGCACACCACACUGGUUGUCUAACCGUGGCCGCUGUGACACGUUUACCCGGUGACAGGUUUGUCCACGCGAACCGAGCUAGCUAGCUAACCAGCGGUGCGGGUCAGCGCUGUUGUGGUUGUCACUGCGAUCUGUCGCCUGCAGAAGUCAUCGUGCACAUACAGCGUCAACUGCUGUCGAAAGUGUCGCCGACAGCCAUGGAUCACGACGCGUUCCCUCUGCACGUCCUGGUCUGGAACAAUCAGUACCUGGAGCUCGACCGAGAGCUGCAGAAAAAUGAGCAGGAUGCGGCGCGCCUGGAUCCGAGGGGGCGCACCCCGCUGGAGCUCGCGGUGUGCCUCGGCCACCUGGAGUCGGCCCGGGUGCUGCUCAGACACGCCGCAGACCCGACACACUGCAGCUCGCAGGGCUGGACCAUCUUGCAGGAGGCGGUGAGCACCGGGGACCCCGAGCUGGUUCAGCUGGUGCUUCAGUACAGAGACUUCAAACGAGCCACCGAGAGACUGGCGGGCAUCCCAGAGCUGCUCAGCAAACUGAGACAGGCGAAGGACUUCUAUGUGGAGAUGAAGUGGGAGUUCACCAGUUGGGUGCCUCUGGUGUCCAAGGUUUGUCCCAGUGACGUCUACCGGGUGUGGAAGAGCGGCUCGUGCCUCCGCGUGGACACCACCCUCCUGGGCUUUGAACACAUGACCUGGCUGAAAGGACGACGCAGCUAUAUCUUCAAGGGCGGAGAUGAAGGGGCGGUGGUGAUGGAGGUGGACCACGAGAAGCAGGUGGUGUACACGGAGCCGCUCGUGUUGUCGCCUCGUGACGCACCCUCCCUCCUGGCAGCCAUGCAACCGUCGCAGGAGAACACGGCACAGAGGCUGACGUCGCCCAUCGUAUCCACGCACCUCAACACACGCAACAUUGCCUUUGAGCGGAACAAGUCGGGAAUCUGGGGCUGGCGUUCGGAGAAGAGCGAGAUGGUCAGCGGUUACGAAGCCAAGGUCUACAGUGCCACAAAUGUGGAGCUGGUGACGCGGUCAAGGACUGAGCAUCUAUCAGACCAGGACAAGUCGAGAAGCAAAGGCUCAAAGACUCCUCUGCAGUCCUUCCUGGGGAUUGCUGAACAGCACACAGCUCACAAUGGGAGUAACGUGUCCCAGUGUGCCAGCCCUCACAACCCCACAGACAUCACAGCUGACGAAUACUUCAACCCAGAGUUCAACCUGAAUGGCCGCGACAUCGGACGUCCCGUCGAGCUUACCAGCAAAGUCCAGAGGUUUAAAGCGACCCUCUGGCUGAGUGAGUCUCACCCUCUGUCCCUGGCCGAGCAGGUGACGCCCAUCAUCGACCUCAUGGCCAUCUCCAAUGCCCACUUCGCAAAGCUGCGUGACUUCAUAACUCUACGCCUGCCGCCAGGCUUCCCCGUCAAGAUAGAGAUUCCCCUGUUUCACGUCUUGAAUGCCAGAGUGACCUUCGGUAACUUAUGCGGCUGCGAUGAGCCGGUCAGCUCGGUGACGGUUCAUCAACCAGAGAGCUCCGGAGAGGCUGGUCACUCUCCCCCUCCCUUCCAAUGUGAGGUGGACCCUUCGGUGUUUGAGCCCCCUCCAGACUACACCACCCUCGGCCCGGGCCGCAGCGAGCCAAUGAGGGACGAAGAUGACAACCUGCUGCAGUUCGCCAUCCAGCAGAGUCUGCUGGACGCGGGUACAGAGAGUGACCAGGUGACCAUCUGGGAGGCCUUGACCAACAGCCGCCCAGUGCCUCAGUCUCCACUGUACGAGGAAGACUCCCAGUUGGAGAGGGCGAUCCAGGAGUCUCUGUCCAUCUCACUGGCCAGCAGAGAGGGAGAAGACGCGGCUGACCCCAGCCAGCCCUCCUCUAUCUCCCCGAUGGAUCCCACUGCCAAUUCCCCGCUCCCCUACAGCACGGGGACCGAGCCACAGUUGUCAGGACACCUUGGCGCGGCGUCGAGCUUCGACGAGCAGCUGCGCAUGGCCAUGGAGCUGUCGUGCAAGGAGCAUGAGGAAAUGGACAGGAAGCAGAAGGAGGAAGACGAGGAGCUGGAGCGGAUCCUACAGCUGUCACUCACCGAGAAGUAAUGUCACAACAGCAGCAAUGGAGAUAUUUUAUGUGUCUUUCACACACGAGGCCUGCUACAGGAAAGUGUAAAGGACCAGAAUAUAAGAAAUGAGAGUGACACAGCUGGGAGGAAUGAAAAAGAAAGAAAAAAGAAGAGGUACUCUGAUACACACUACAGGACGAAACAAAAGGGAGUCUUUGUUUUUCCUUUUUUUAUUGACUAUUUUUCACAGUCUUGCUGUUAAUUGAGUGAUAAAUGAACCUUAAUCUUUAAACCUAUAACAUAAUCCAUGACAAUGAUGAAAAAAAGUACGAUCUUAAUGGAAUAAACUAUAAAAGAUAUGAUUAUAAUAUUUAAAACAUUUAUGUUGGCUUACUCCUGUGUGUGAAAAAUAAAGAUUUGAUCACCCUGGAA